AAUUCUCGCUAAAUAUAGUAGUAAAAUUAUAUGAUUAACUAGUAGAUUAAUGAGAUAUUACAAUGAAUUUAUCAUUACAAGAUCCAUUUGCUGUAGCAAAAGAGUAUCCUGAGACAUUAGUAAAUACGUUUCAAUAUGGACAUUCAGUAAUUAUUCAAUUUAAUCAUAAGGGAGAUUAUUUGGCCUCAGGAUUAAGUGAUGGAUCAAUUAUAAUAUAUGAUAUGAUAAGUAAUGGAGGUGUAGUAGCACAUUUAAAUGAAGAUUGUCAUAUACGACCAAUUACUUCAUUAAGCUGGUCUAAAUGUGGAAGAUAUUUACUUACAUCUUCCCAAGAUUGGUAUGUAAAAUUAUGGGAUUUAAGUAGAAUUAAUGGAGGAAAUGAUUAUAAAGAUGAAGAAAAAGAAUUUGGGGAAAAUGAAUCGGAUAUAGGAAAGGAAUUUCUGCCAGUUAUACGAAGUAUUAAAUUUGAUGGACCUAUAUGGAUGGCAAGUAUGCAUCCAAUAGAUCAUUUUAAAUUUACUGCAUCAUUAUUUGAUGAUUCACCUGUAUUUGUAGAUAUGACUGAUCAUCAGAAUAUACAAAUCACCAAAUUACAAACAAUGUCAUUAAGUGAACAACAAGAACUAGAAACAGAAGAUAAAAAUGAAGAAAAUGAAGAAGAAGAAGAAGAAGAAGCUAAUGUCAAACGAAGGAAACGUACAGAUAAACAUAUGACAUUAGUUAGUACAUUUAAUCCUAAUGAUGGGAAUUAUAUUUUCACAGGUACAAGUAAAGGAUGGCUUAAUAUAAUUCAAACAUCAAGUUUAAAGACGGUUCAUUCUAUUAAAUUAACUAAUUCAAAUAUUAAGAAUGUAGUUAUAUCAAGUAAUGGUAGAAAAUUAGCAAUUAAUUCAUCGGAUAGAAUUAUUCGACAAAUUAGUUUACCUGAUUUAAUUAAUGAACAAGAUCCUGAAAAUUGGGAAUUUGAAAUCGAUCAUAAAUAUCAAGAUAUGAUUAAUAAAUUACAAUGGAAUUCAGUAGCAUUUAAUCACAAUGCUGAUUUUCUUGUUGCAUCAACUUAUGGACAUUCACUGCAUGAUUUAUAUGUUUGGGAAACAUCAAUAGGUUCAUUAAUUAAAAUUCUUGAAGGUAGUAAUGAAGAAUUAGUUGAUGUUAAAUGGGAUUAUAGUCGAUGUUGUAUUGGAUCUACUGGAAUUGAUAGUGGAUCUAUUUAUAUAUGGCUGAUUCAAUUUCCUCAAAAAUGGAGUGCAUUAGCCCCUGAUUUUGUUGAAAUUGAAGAAAAUAUUGAAUAUGAAGAAAAGGAAGAUGAAUUUGAUAUAAUUAAUGAAGAUACUCUUAAGAGAAGACAAGAAGAAGAAGAAGAUUUAUUAGUUGAUGUUAUAACUCGAGAAAAAGAUGAUGCAAGAGGAUUUGAUAUAACUCAACCAUCAUUUAUAAUUCCUAUAAAUUAUGAAAAUCAGUUAUUCAUAUAAGCAUAACUAAUUAUAUUUAUAUAUAUAUAUAGUA